CAGAAGCAAGGGGAAAGCGGCCAGUAUUACGGCAAGGAGCAUUACUCAGGACACCCUCGGCACCAUGUCUCCCGUCGAAUCGUCUCGGCACGCUGGAAGGAGGCCCGUCGUGGCGACGUACGGCGAGUCUGGCCGCACCGCGACCAGCGCGGUGGUCUUGAGCCGGAGCCUGCUAGUGCUGCUCGUCCUGGCUGCACUGCUGUGCUGCAGCGCAGCCGAACCCCAGCCGCAGGGAGGCGACUGGAACGCGCUGUCAGGCAUGUGGGGCAAGAGGGCCAGCGACUGGAAUCGCCUCUCCGGCAUGUGGGGCAAGCGAGCGGGUGCCUACGGACCCUACCAGGCGCUGCUUCUGCGCGCCGAGGAGUCGAACGACGGCGCUGGCCACGGCAUCAGCGCCCGGGCAGCUCCUCCCGGAUCACCCCGGGAGAACCACUGGAACGAUCUGAGCGGAUACUGGGGCUAAAGGAAGCGCGCGGCUUCGACACACACCGACGCCCG